UCGCUGCUGGUCAGCCGUCAGACUUAUCCCAGCUUUCGACGGCGGCGGAGACGAGCUCGUGUUUGUGUAUAUUCCGCGUCGGGUCGACACAAGUGCAUUGUUUUCCGUGAAAUAGCUGUCAAGCCGCUGUAACUCGCUUAAUAAUAGUGUAAUUUCCUUCGGUUAUAGUGUUUUUCUUUUCUUUGAUCAUGGGAAAAUAUUGUAUACGAGACUUUCUUCUGCGACAGUGAAUCCCGUACCGAAUUUAAUCAAAACUAUUUUGCUGAAACGUAAUAAAACCACUGGUGAACACCCCAAAAUCCUAUCACUGCCGAACACCUGGUAGAUUUUAUCGUUCGACAGGUGUCACAAUUAGGCGGCACAAAUCUGUUAGAUACCUACUGAUAGCGUAUAGCUUUAAGUGAACGCUAUACAGCAAAGUACCGAAUUUCUCAUACGAACAACAAAAUUGUGGAAACCAUCAUCGUUAGGUACCAGAGCGCUGGCUGAAUCGCCUACGGUUGUUGCAGUGUGGCAGUGCGGUAGAUCUGUGCGAGCUAUAAUCAUGUGAAGGCUGGAGUACUGUCUAAACGACUAACUGAGUAAACUAUGCCGGGACAAUACUAUAGAAGCGCUGAAGGCUGUGUCAUAUAUUUCAAGCGAAAACCUUCCAAAAGUGGCAGCAUCGAUUGCCGUUGUGAAGCAACCCACAAAUGUGCAUGCCAUGCUACCAUGCUACUGAUGCACGCUGAGAGCAGCAAACGAUUGAGACGCUAACCACAACGAACGGCCAAUGAAGUGAAGUAAAUCCGAAUUUACGGAAUUUGUGCAAUCUAUGUUGAGCCAGACAUCAUUGGUUUGUAAUGUUUAGUAGUUGCAGACUCAUCUGUGCCGGUUGUAUUAGUUUGGGAAAAAAAGAAAAUAAGUGCCAAAUUAGUGAAUAAGAAGUGCCAAGUAGAUUGUCAACCAAUAUUCUACCUUGUGCAACUUGCUAGAGCAAUCAAAUAAGUCUGAUCCAUAAUAAUCAUAUCAAAAAAAGUUCGACCGCAUUAAGUGCUUCCAACAUGACCUUGCCAGAGACAUUGAAUCCCGGCCCGGAGGUGGUGGAAACACUGCGGCAACGAUUCAAACAGAAGAUGGAAACGGAUGCUGCGAAAAUCCCCGCUGGGGGAUUUCAUGAGAAUGAAAUCAAUAAAAUUUUCGACAAUGAUAUAUGGCUAACAAAAUUCCUAGAGAACAAUGAGCUUGAUAUGAAAGAGUCACUGAAACAGCUCUGGGAUACCUGCGUGUGGCGAAAGACGGAAAAGAUAAACGAAAUCUGUGAAGAAAACAUUCGCAUAGAUUACGUUCACGAAGGUAUAAUGUUCCCCCGAGGAAAAGAUAUCGAUGGAAAAACUCUUUUCAUAUAUCGCUCUAGAUUGUACAAACGUGGCUCCCGAAACCUCAACGACAUGAAGCGCAUGUUUCUGUAUUGGUUAGAGCGAUUGAUUCGGGAAGCAAACGAUGACUACAUUACGAUCAUGUUCGAGCUUACCGAUGCAGGUCUAGGCAAUGUUGACAUGGAGUAUACUAAGUACAUCAUCGGUACGCUGAAAAACUACUAUCCAUUAUCACUAAACUACAUCCUGGUUUACGAUUUGCCAUGGAUACUUAACGCAACAUUCCUAAUUAUUAAGAAACUGUUACCUGCAAACGCUGUAGAUAGGCUAAAAAACAUCAACAAUAAUACAAUUAGGGAGUACAUCCAGGAAGACAGCCUAUUAGUGCCAUGGGGAGGAACUGAUGACUAUAAAUUCGAGUUCAUAUCGGAACAGAAAAGUCCUGAAUUGCCAUUAGUGAAUAAUAAUUUCAUCCUUCAUAACAACAAUAUCAACAGCAUCAAAAAGGUUCAUUUCGCCAACCUCAGUCCGCAGGAUUCCCCGAUGAACGAGUCGUCAAACACAAAUUUUGAAAACGUUGACGGCGAGAUGUUACGAAUAUUUCCACAGACCUCAAUCCAAUUUACUAGGUCCGGCAGCGAACUGGUAGGCAAUGUGGAGAUCCUCAAUAUUAAUCCGGAAACAGUAACUUACAAGAUCAAAACAACUGCGCCAGACAAAUUUCGUGUUAAGCCUAGCAGCGGGGUCCUAUCAGCAGGUGAAACUGUUACUAUUAAUGUAGUACUUCAGCAAGGCCAACAAAUCAACACAAUCAACCGGGAAAAGUUUUUGGUCAUGUGCAUGGAAUUGAGUAACGAUGCAUCUAACACACAUGAUCUGGCCGAGCUUUGGAAGAAUACCCCCGUAAACAGUUCAUCGGUGGAGCAACACCGAUUGAAGUGUGCACUGCCGGCUACUCUGGACGAUGGCAGUAUGCGCAAUGGGAUGCCUACGUAUGGCAGCGGAGUAGGUGGCGGCGAUAUGUACGGCGCAGGCGUCGGCGGUGCCGCUUUUAGUGGUGAUAAACAAUUUUCGCAUGUUCAACAAGUUGUGUCGCAGUUAAAUGAUACAACUCAUCGGCUGGAAUCGCAGGUCAAGUUCAACCAGACGCUCCAAUGGAUCUCACUGGUGUUAAUUUUGCUGCUGUCUAUUGUAAUUGUGUAUAUUUUGAAAGCUGAAAUUAAGAAUGCUACUUCGGAGUAUUGUUUGAAGCAUUAGAAAGUCCCAUGACCGCAUCUGCUGCAUUACGUUUAGACAAACACAAAGGAUGUGGGUAGUUCACAAUAUUUGUUCUGCAAAACUUCUUUUUCUGUCGACAUAGAUAGAGCUUAUUCUUCGUUUUUCCGAUUAUCCACAUAAGUGCAUUUGAAAUUACUUUGAUAUUUUCUUUCAUUCAUUUUCUUGUUAUCCUAUAAUUUAAAGAAACAUGUAAUAAUUAGUUAUGGAUAGGCGGUAAGGCAUGGUAAAAUGUUUUGUACAAAAUUCAUCAAUGGUUUUAACAUAGCAUUUGUUAGCGGUAAUACAAUUAGUUGUGUAGUAACAAUAUAUUAUAUGACAAGAAUAAAUGAUAAAUGGUUUGUU